UUAUUAAAUCUAAAAAAGCUUCUAGUUUCUAAAACAAACUCCGGAAUACCGGUUCCAAACUCUUUCCUCUUCCUUUGCUAACUGUUCUACUUUACACUUUGGAACACACGUCUUUCUUUCUUCUUCUUGUUUCUUUCAUUUCCUUCUUGUUGUAGCUGGCAAUUUUUUAAGCAGUGUCAUACAGGAGAUUUAGAGUACAAGAGGAGAAUAUUUUUGUUUAGCUUAGUCGCCUACGGGAUAUAACGGUUGAAUUGUUUUAAUUUUGACAAGCGUGCUAAAUUGUGUGAUGGUAAUUGUAUCAAAGUGAGAAGAAUCUGUAUGAUGGCCACUGCUGCUGUGAUUGGACUUAGCACCGGAAAGAGACUCUUGAGCUCUUCCUUUUCUUAUUCGGAAACCGUAGAUAAGCUGUCGUAUGCUGGUGAUUAUGGAUCUUCAUAUUAUCAAACUCCUUCCACAAAGACUUUAAUGGUUGCAAAAAGAUCAUCUAAUUGUAGCCAAAAUCUUCCAUCAUCCAAUCGGCACACGCAGUCAAUUAAAGCUUUUAAAGAGCAUGUGGAUACUGCAUCCAGUAUUUCAACAGUAGAGCCUUGGAUCCAUGGAACCAAUGACUUAGAACAAGAAAGCUAUGAUCUUGACUACUCUGUAGAGGCUCUUCUUUUGCUUCAGAAGUCUAUGCUGGAAAAGCAAUGGACACUUUCUUUUGAGAGGACGAUGUUCACUGAAUCACCAAGUCGAAAAACUCACAACAAGGUACCUGUUACAUGUUCUGGGGUGUCUGCUCGGCAACGAAGAUUCAGUACUAAGAGGAAGAUUCUGAGCCAAAAUAAAUCAAUGAUACAACCUAACGCUAAGCAGCUAAGAUCAUUGAUCGGGCCAGAGCUGCUUCAAAAUCGCUUGAAGGGUUAUGUGAAGGGUGUAGUGAGUGAAGAUUUGCUUAGCCAUGCGGAAGUUGUGCGCUUGUCAAGGAAAAUCAAAGCUGGACUUUCCUUGGAGGAGCACAGAUUAAGAUUGAAGGAGAGACUGGGAUGUGAGCCAUCUGAUGAACAGCUUGCAACUUCCUUGAAAGUUUCUCGUGCUGAGUUACGGUCAAGGUCAAUCGAAUGUUCUUUGGCAAGAGAAAAAUUGGCAAUGAGCAACGUUCGCUUGGUUAUGUCGAUAGCUCAAAGAUAUGAUAACAUGGGUGCUGAAAUGUCUGAUCUUAUUCAGGGUGGUUUGAUCGGACUAUUGCGUGGUAUCGAAAAAUUUGAUUCUUCAAAGGGAUAUAAAAUUUCAACUUAUGUGUACUGGUGGAUACGUCAGGGUGUUUCUAGAGCACUGGUUGAGAACUCAAGAACAUUAAGAUUGCCUACAUAUUUGCAUGAAAGAUUGGGAUUAAUCCGAAAUGCAAAAUAUAGGCUGGAGGAGAAAGGAAUAACACCGACUAUUGAUAGGAUUGCUGAGAGUCUAAACAUGUCUCAGAAGAAAGUUAGGAAUGCCACAGAGGCAGUCAGUAAGGUCUUCUCCCUUGACAGGGAUGCAUUCCCGUCUUUGAAUGGUCUUCCCGGAGAGACUCACCAUAGUUACAUUGCAGAUAACCAUGUAGAAAACAAUCCAUGGCAUGGAGUAGAUGAGUGGGCACUCAAGGAUGAAGUGAACAGACUGAUCAAUAUAACGCUCGGAGAACGAGAAAGGGAGAUUAUACGGCUUUAUCAUGGUUUGGAUAAGGAAAGUCUUACAUGGGAGGACAUCAGUAAACGCAUAGGUUUAUCCAGGGAGAGAGUUAGGCAAGUCGGACUCGUGGCGCUGGAGAAACUAAAACACGCAGCGAGGAAGAAGAAAAUGGAAGCCAUGCUAGUCAAACAUUGAUUUUGUAACGCUUCAACAUACACAUGAUAAAAAAUGACUGUAUAUAUAUACAGAGGGAAAAUUUGUAACUUCAAAUUACUUUUCCUUGUCAAGAGUCACUGUAGAACCUCAGGUAAGGGACCAAAAAUCCUAAACUUGCUGUGACAAGAGCCCAAGUGUCCAACAAACUGAUUAAGAAUCUCUAAGUUGGACCAAAUUUUUUAUGUAUUAUAUAUCUGGACACAAAUACCUGGUUUUGGAUCA